AUGGAGGCUGCUCAGAUCCUGCAGCGACAGGAGACCAGGGCGUGGGGUGAGGGGAACGGGUGGCAGGAUGGGAGCGGGCACUAGGCCUUGCGAAACGUCCCCACUCCCACAGCCUGCAAACCAAGCAUACAGGCACGUCAAUGCACUCGCUAUAGCCGGGACCUAGACCCUCUGGGAAAUCAGGGCCUUAAAACGAGACCCCUUGAGAAGCACCAACAACCAGCACUUCCAUUUUCUGACCCUCCUUUAGCUCCAGCGGUAGCGGAGGCUGAUUGUGGUUGGUAUUCGAAUGGCUCAGAAGUGGCCCCUCCUUACUUGCCCUGUCGAUUUCAGGGCGCUGUAGCAGCCGGCGAGGCCCAUCUCACUAUGAUCCCCGAGAAGAUGCGGCAGCUGCUGCCGGAGGUGGAGCUGGAUCCCAGCGUUAUCUCCGUCCUGCUCUGCAGCUCCACCGUGGCCUUCCUGGUGCUCAAGUGGAUGGUGAAGAAGCUGGUGGAGCAGAGGAUGCGGGAGGCAAGGAGGAACCGAGUGCGCGCCCUGGGACAGAUGGAAGAAGCUGUCCAGCAGUUCAAACAAGAGAACGCAGAGGUACAGGCCAGUCUCAUCCUCUCUCUGCCGCUUGUUGAGCUGGUCAAGAAACUGAAUGAAGGUUCCCUGUCACCAGAGAGCGUCCUCUACACGUACAUGGACAAGGCCUUAGAAGUGAACCGGGACGUGAACUGUGUGACGGAUUUUAUUCAGGAGUGUGUGCACCUGCUCCAGGAAGUGAGGACACAAAAGGAGAAAGGGUUGUUGUAUGGAGUUCCCGUCAGUAUCAAGGAUCCCAUUGGAUACGAGGGUCACGUCUCCACCUGUGGCUUGGGACAGUACCUCGGCUACCCGGAGCAAGAGGACAGCGUCUUAGUGAAGGUGCUGAAGAAGCAGGGGGCCAUUCCGUUUGUGAAAACCAACAUCUCCCAGUGCUUGAUCAACUACGACUGCAGCAACUUGAUCUUCGGCCAGACGGUGAAUCCGCUGAACCACCAGAAAAGCCCCGGCGGCUCCUCCGGAGGGGAGGGGGCGCUGAUCGCCGGAGGAGGCUCCGUCCUGGGCUUUGGGACAGAUAUAGGUGGGAGCAUCCGCCUGCCGUCCAGCUUCUGCGGGCUGUGCGGGCUCAAGCCGACGGGCAACAGGCUGAGCGGCCCUGUCAGUUACGUCCAAACAGUUACAGGAAUGGUCGGGCCAAUGGCGAGGGACGUGGAUAGCCUGGCUCUGUGCAUGAGAGCGCUCCUGUGUGACGACAUGUUCCGCCUGGACCCCACCGUGCCACCCCUGCCCUUCAACGAGGAGGUGUACUCCAGUUCCACUCCCCUUCGGAUCGGGUACUACGACACAGACGGCUAUUUCCUGCUACCUCCUUGCAUGAGACGGGCUGUGCAUGAAACCAGGACGUUGCUGCAGGAGGCUGGACACAUGCUGAUCCCGUUCAUCCCCCCGCGGAUCGACUACGUCAUGAACGAGCUCUUCAUGAAGGGCCUCUUUGCCGAUGGCGGCGCUGCUUUACUUGAGAAAUUUGAACUGGACACUGUGGAUCCCAACUCCUGCUCCCAGAUCAAUUGCUACAGACUCCCCUUUCUCCUGAAGAAGAUUCUGGCUUUCCUCACCAAACCGCUGUUCCCUCGAUUCUCCAGUUAUUUGAAUGCACUGUGUGGAGUGUGGUCGCCGAAAGAAUUCUCGGAGCUGCAUGCUGCAUUGAUGAUAUACCGACGGGAAUUCCUGUCCAGAUGGAGAAACCUGGAUCUGGAUGUCAUCCUGUGUCCUGUGUUAGGCCCUGCCUUCACCCUGGGGUAUCCUGGGAGACUCAUUGCUGCUGUUUCCUCUACCAUGCUGUACAACGUCUUAAACUUCCCCGCGGGGGUUGUGCCGGUCACCACCGUUACGGAGGCUGAUGAGGAAAAUCUGAAGCAUUACACAGGGCACUACGGUGACCCCUGGGAUAGGAGACUGAGGCAGGCUGUGGAAGGAGCCGUGGGGCUGCCCGUGGCGGUGCAGUGCGUGGCUCUGCCAUGGCAGGAGGAGCUGUGCCUUCGGUUCAUGAAGGAGGUGGAGAGACUGGCCCAGGGGCAGAAAAAGCAAACUGAGGAUAACUUACAGCGUGGAGGAUCCCGGGCUGAUGUGGCAAGUGAUCUGCAGAAUGAUGUGCAUACAAAGGGGCAAAGUGAUGUGCAAGCGCAAGCAUCCCGCAUGACCGUGCAAACGAACAUACUAAUGGAUGUGCAAAGAACACUAGCUCAAACUGAUCUGGUCACUGACGUGCAAACGGAUGUGCAAAAAACAGGAUCUCAAACUGAUUUGUUAGCUGAUGUUCAACUGCACGUGCACCCACAGUCCUCUGGCCCUGACGUGCAACCGGACGUGCAAACACAACUAGCCCAACCUGACACUGAAACACAGCCAUGCCCACCUGAGACGCAAACACAGACUUCCCAACCUGAGGUGCAAACACAACUAACCCAACCUGAUGUGCAACCUGAGGUGCAAACACAACUAACCCAAUCUGACGUGCAACCUGACGUGGAAACACAACUAACCCAACCUGACGUGCAACCUGACGUGCAAACACAACCAACCCAACCUGAUGUGCAAACACAGCCUUCCCAAUCUGAUGUGCAAACCCAACCAACCCAACUUGACAUUGAAACACAACCACCCCACCCUGACGUGCAACCUGAUGUGCCAACUGCCUAA